UGUAAAGAAAUCCACUUUUAAGGUCUGUGUUACUCUAUUCCACUUCAAGGGAGAGCAAAAGGUUAAUGCUUUGGCAAAAAUAUGAGAAGCAUUUGGGGAGGUAGCAGAUGGCAUGGAAGGGGGCAGGAAGCAGCCUGGAGGAACAACGUGGUUCAGAAGGGGUUAAGACCGAGGAGGGCGUGGAUUGGCAUUUUCCUGUCUUGACAGCCUGUAUAUACAGCAAGCAGACCAGCUGCCGGUGGUGUGGAGCUCACUUCCCUUGCUUGCCCGAAAAUCUUCUGGUGCCUGGAUGUUAUUGAGGGAUGCUGUUGUGCCUUUUAAGGGUACCCAAAGCUGCCUUGGAUUAUAAGAUCCAUCAUCCUUAGAUAAAGUAUGAUGGGUGCCGUAGUCCGCUGAAGGGGAAGCAGGCCUGAGGAUCAUGCUGAGGGGGCAGAAGUUAACCAACACAUCCAGAAGGCAUCAGUUUUGGGUAGCUGUGGAGUGGCCAGCAUCCAACUGUGCUCUCUCUUCACAGAAAGGGGAUUUCACUCCUCUUUGGAAGUGUGGCUGAAUUUCAAUAACAUGAAGUAAAAAAAAAGCAAGCAAGGAAGUAAACUGGUUUCCAGCACUGCAGAAGUGAUUGUGGAAGGGGUAGCCAAAACCUCAUGUGGGACAACCAUAUACCUUUUACCAAGGGUGUGUGGGGUUGGACAAAAUUCUGCUAAUUCCCUUGGCCUGCUAGUCAUAAUCUGUUUAUGCAAUUAUUGCAGACCAAAAAAAAAAAAUCCUGGUCUUGAAAGUUGCGUAAUAUCUGAAACUGUGGAUCCAGAAUGAGGUCUCUUUCUCCAGGAGAUGGACUUUCUCCUCUGGGUCUGCUCACUCGAGGGCCUGAUUACUUGCGCAGGCAGCUGGAGACAGGCAGUGGUGGGCGGACGCCGAGUGCCGUGGAGAGGCUGGAGGCUGACAAAGCCAAAUACGUCAAAUCUCGGCAAGUGAUCAACAGUCGUCAAGAGCCGGUUCUGCUCAGCUACACUCCCCGGUCUUCCCCGUGCUGCAGGAGACCCCUCACCCUCCACCAGCAGAGUGAAUUUCCUCAGGGCUUGAUCGCAGACCAAGAUGGCCUCAGCCCCAAGAAGCAGCCCCCUUCUCCUCCGUCACCCAUAGCACGGCGAGGGGGAGGCAGGCGCCUCCUGAGGCCUGACUCACUUGUCAUCUACCGGCAGAAACGGGACUGUUCCACUGUCAACAAGGAGAACAGCAAAGGGUACAGCCUAAUGAAGUGGCUGUUUCAGGGUCCGCUGAGGGAUGGACAUCAUAGCUGUCCUUCCUCAAGGAGUCUGUUGGGGGAUGGACACCUGGAAGUGACCCAAGAAGAGAACUCCAUGGUCUGGGUACCUGCAGAGAUGGAGGACCCCAGGACUGCACAAUCCGUGGGCAUCCUAACCAGAUUCACAGGUUGUGAGUCUGAGCCCGGUCAAAGAGGCCAGGUCAGUGCUCAGCCCAACGUCAACCAGCCCUUUCAUUCCUCGGGCCCUCACCCAAUGGAGGCCAAGAAACAGCUGACUCAGAGUUAUUCUCUUCCUCUUUCAGAGAAAGAACGGUUCUUUAAUUACUGUGGCUUGGACCAGAAUCUGGUAGAGGUGCUUGGAGCUGAACGAUUCAAGCCAGGGAGCUGGGAAGUGAGUUCCUUCUGCAUUGGGUCAGCUAGUUCCGAACAUGGUGGUCUUUCCUAUAAUGGGGAGAGGUUGUCUGCGGAAGAGCCAAGUGGAAAGCUGCCUGUGUCGGUCUCCGUUGUUGAGCGAAAUGCCCGUGUCAUUAAAUGGCUUUACAGCUGCCAGCAGGCCCAGACUAUGUCCAAAGAAUCUACAGUAUGAACUCACAAAGGUCUGAUCUCUAAGGCUCUCCCUUUAUCCCAAGUGAGGGGAAGUUCUGUUUGUGAGGAGAUGGCAAAGUUCCCACUGUGGGAAACAGAACAGGGAGAAACCAUUAUCUGCCAGCAGAUGUGCCUUUCUAGGAAGAAUACUUGGCCCUGAGCUUUCACUGAAAUCUUCCCAGUCAGUGCCUAAUCAUCAUGGUUAAUAAUGGUUAAUCAUCAUACUGAGAAUCCUGGGAGUUGAAGGCUAACCCAGGUGGAAGGCAUCAGGUGGAAAAAGUUUCCCUAAAAGUAUCCUUGGCGAUAAGGAUAUAGUAUCCAGGCUAACUUAAGGGCUAAACUUUGAAGAACAUGUCUUGUUCCCAUCCAUAGCAGAUGAACACAUUUCCCUUUCUUUCCACAUUUAUUGAUAGCCAUUGUGGUGCAGCAGAUAACACAGGGAGGCUUGGAUUCAGGUCUCUACUCACCCAUGAAAUUUCCUAAAGAGGAAGGUUAGAUUUGCCUAUCACCUUUUCUACAAGGCUGUUGCAAAGAUACAUCCCGAUCCUCCUAGCAAACAACCCCAGCAUACAUAGGUUGGUUGGGUAAUUAAUCACUGCUCCAGUUAGCCAUCUGGUGAAGUGAUGAGCUGUAAGGAAUUUCCACUCCUGUUGGCAGACUGUCACGCUGAACUAUCCGGAAUGUAGUCCUGUAAUUGAAUCAUCCAGGUUUUUUUCCUGAUACUAUGGUUGAAGUCCAGUGUGCUCGGCUCCAGUUUUUCCUUUAUGCUGAAGCCUGUAUGACUUGUUCCACUUUGCUGCAGGAUGAGUCUGUUUCUGUGUGUUUCUAAUAAAACAAAAAAGUUGUUGAUAAA